GCGAUGCUGCGCAGGCUGGCCCGGCUGCUCCUGUACAGCCUCGCGGUGCUCCUGCUCGGCAGCCUGCUCUUCCUGCUGAAGGAGGCAAAGCCAGCCGGGGACCCCACGACCCACCAGCCCUUCUGGGCUCCCCCAGGGCCUCGCCGCAGCCAGUGUCCACCCAACCGCACAGUGGCUAAUGCCUCCCUGUCCCUGCCUAGCCGUCACCGUCUCUUCUUGACCUAUCGCCACUGCCGAAACUUCUCCAUCUUGUUGGAGCCUUCUGGCUGCUCCAAGGACACCUUCCUGCUCCUGGCCAUCAAGUCGCAGCCUGGCCACGUGGAGCGGCGUGCGGCCAUCCGCAGCACAUGGGGCCGGGCAGGGAGCUGGGCCAGCGGCCGGGCGCUGAAGCUGGUGUUCCUUCUGGGGGUGGCAGGACCCACGCCCCCGGCCCAGCUGCUGGCCUAUGAGAGUGGGGAGUUCGAUGACAUCCUGCAGUGGGACUUUGCUGAGGACUUCUUCAACCUGACGCUCAAGGAGCUGCACCUGCAGCGCUGGGUGGCAGUUGCCUGCCCCCAGGCCCACUUCAUGCUGAAGGGGGAUGAUGAUGUCUUUGUCCAUGUCCCCAAUGUGCUAGAGUUCCUAGAUGGCUGGGACCCGGCCCAGGACCUCUUGGUGGGAGAUGUCAUCCGCCAGGCCCUGCCCAACAGGAACACCAAGGUCAAAUACUUCAUCCCACCGUCCAUGUACGGAGCCCGCCACUACCCACCCUAUGCCGGAGGUGGAGGGUAUGUCAUGUCCAGAGCCACCGUGCGACGCCUCCAAGCAGCCGUGGAAGAGGCGGAGCUCUUCCCCAUCGAUGACGUCUUUGUGGGUAUGUGCCUGAGGAAGCUGGGGGUGAGCCCCACGCACCAUGCUGGCUUCAAGACGUUUGGAAUACGACAGCCUCUGGACCCCCUGGACCCCUGCCUGUACAGAGGGCUCCUGCUGGUGCACCGCCUCAGCCCCCUGGAGAUGUGGACCAUGUGGGCACUGGUGACAGAUGAGGGGCUCAAGUGUGCAGCUGCCCCCAGAGCCCCGCUCUAAGGGGUGGGUUGAGCAACAGCUCAAGAGUGGACUCGUUGAUUUUCUAUCUGGUUCCUGCUGGUCUGCAGGAAAUGCUGACUUCGUUUUUGUAACCCAACCCCCACCCACCUUGUUAGCGCUGAUUAAAGACAGUGC